UACCGCGAGGACGGUUGUUCUCUCGCUAGUAGAUCGGUGUCGGACUUUCUCCUGUACGGGAGGAUCGAGAAAUGUCGUAAGAAGUCGUCGUUGGGUCUCGUAACCGUCGGGUGCCCGCUUGCAAUUCGAACGAGUUGGAAACGAGGACGCGACACGGAUACAGGCGCGAACGGGUGCGGAGGAGUCCCCCCGAGAAGCGCGAAGUUCGCGAGUGGAAGAGGAAGGGUCUGGCUCUAAGGAGAUCUAACCGCUAGUGAUCGCCGAUCGCGUGAACGAUAGGUCGACGAUGGCCAACACGUCGAAGGAGGAUUACGGGUGCCCGUUGGACGAGGCGACGAAGACGAUAGCUCUCGAGGAGUUAAGGGAAGACGACGUGACCAAGGAACAGGCCCUGGACCAGUUCAGACAUUGGAUUCAAAAGCAUCCUACCAUCAAACGCUGCAGAACAGACGCAGCCUUCCUCCUGAGGUUCCUCAGGACCAAGAAGUUCAGUCUGCCCAUGGCAGAGGAGAUGCUGGAACGAUACCUUACCAUCAGACAGCUCUACCCCAACUGGUUCCAGAACCUGGACAUCGAGGAUCCCGACAUCGAGGCGAUCGUGGACGCUGGAUACCUGGUACCGCUGCCUCACCGCGAUCGCCAUGGUCGACGAGUGAUACUUUCUUGCGCCGGUCGCUUCGAUCCGUACAAAUACACGUCAGCGCAGAUGGCCCGGGCGCACAGUCUCGUAGUGGAGACCCUGAUGGACGACGAGGAGAAUCAGGUCCGCGGUUACACGUACAUUAACGACGAAUCCGGAUUGACCAUGGGUCACCUCAGCGCCUGGUCCCUGACGGACAUUCGUAACAUGUUAAGAUGCAUUCAAAACAGCACGCCCAUGAGGCACAAGGAAACGCACUUCGUUAAUAUUCCAAGCUGCGCGACCAAGAUCAUCGAAUUCGCCAUUUCGCUUCUCAACGACAAGUUGAGGGCACGGAUCUCGGUGCACAAGAGCCUGGACGAGCUGAAGGACGCGAUAGAUCCGUCGAGUUUGCCAAAGGAAUACGGAGGAGACGUGCCGCUCUCCGAAAUGAUCGCCGAGUUCAAGAAGACCUUGAAGAAACAAAGAGAUGGAAUAAAAGCGCUCGACGAUAUGUACAUAGAUAUUUCGUCCUCGGAUUGCCGCGCUGUUUCGAGCAAUUUAAACGGUAUACCCGGAUCGUUUCGUAAAUUAGAAGUCGAUUAGAGUCCUCCACCUUAUGGGUACACGUUUAUGCAAAUUAAAUUUGAAUCAUAAUAGGAAUCUUUUGUAAAAGAAAUUACGUAAGUGAUAAAGUCAAAUCAGAUUUUAUUAUUAGAAUAAGAUAUAGUGUUCUCUAAGACAGCAAAGUGUACCGAGACGUAUCACGUGUACCCGUGUAUUUUAAAACACGUACAAGGUCGAAGGUUCUAAUUAACAGUAUUUCUUCCCGUCGAACGGUCUACAUCUCACUUCCUUUCUAAGCUACAGGAUACGGUUGUCUCCGACCUUCGACGUGCUUCCAGUUAAAUAGUUAGUUAGCUCUCCAUGUAUUACGAUCUCGUUGCGAGUCACGCGACAAUAGUUUCGUACGACCAGGCAUCCCUGUUAAUAUUAUAAACCUUUACGAAAGGUAUAAAGCGUUUCUCCUGCCGGUGGUAUUAGUUACCUACAAUUGUUUAAAUUUAUAUACAGUUUAGAAUAAGAUGCGACGAUUCUGCUCGUCGUUAGACAAGUUAAUUAUAUGUGUAACGUAGAAAUGAUAGGACAGUGCGCGGCGUAGACGUGUUAUCUCGGGAAUCGAAUCGCCGAGUACGAUUCGUGACGAACAAAACGACGACAGAUGACAUGGAACGUUGAAACAGAACACUCUGCGUACCAUUAUUUGUAUCUAUCUUUCCUUUGAGAAUUUACACAGGAUUACCCGAAAAUAUAUGCUACAUCUGUGUCAACUCAAAGCACCGAUAUAACAACCAAACGUAUGUACAUUGUAUCGAUAAUCUCCUCUUUAUUAGGCUUCGUUAACAUCUACAAGCUCGCAGUCGUGUAGAAUUUCUUUCAAAUACGCUGUACUUGCCGGUGCCGUAGUAUAGAGACUCCCU